CUGAUCAGAUGGAGAGGAUUGGCAGGUACGCAGCGGAGCGUGUACUAGAUAUGCCCCGGGCAGGUGGUGCAAGGGGAGGAGAGGCGGGGCAACGUGCGGUGGAGGGAGAGGGAAGGGGAGAUGGUGGGUAGGGUCCAUCCGACCACACAUUGGGGGGUGGAGGUGGUGACAUGGAGGAGGACAUGAUCCACAUCGAUCACGAGGGAUGUGGCCCGGGCGAGGAGGGAUUCCCGGGACAAGAGGACGUGCCAGAGUUCCAUCCAAGCACUGGGGACAGGAUGGUGGACUGGCUGCGGCGAGCAGGCAAGGGACAGGUGCUUGCAACGGAGGGUCUGAGGGAGGAGGGUCCUUCAAAGAGGAAGGAUGGAGGAGCUGAUCCGGCUGCCACCCGAGAUGGAAAUAGGCUUCGCCAGCAGAAGGUGACUGAGGUCUACGGUGGCGAGUGGGUUGCUUGCCACAAGAACGCCUUCCUUAGCUGGCUUUAUUCCAGCGGGGUCUCCUUCAAUGCCUUUCGCAACGAGGCAUGGAAGGCAUAUCAACAGGUGCUUCUUGAGCAGCCUGGCAGUUCGCGGCGCGCUGUGCUCCCCAGCCAUGGCGAGAUUGCGAGCAUACAGGCGGUGGAGACCCACCGUGCGGAGUUGGCGGAGGAAUUGGAGGAGGGCAUGAUGCGAGGAGACGACUCGCGGGCUUUUGCUUCCAUCCCGUGGUCCGCCGAUGUGUGCAUCAUGGCGCGUUGGGUGCGCCGACAGAUCAGAUGGGAUCCUUGGUGGCAGAGGGUGACCACCAUCGUCCAUAUCAUGGAGCUCGUCAUGCAGUUGCUUAGGCGGAUGGAUCGUGGAGGGCAGUUCAUAUCGCUCACGGUCGAGUGGGCACAUGAUUUUGUCCACCGUGUGAAGGACGCAUGCGCUCCUUUGGGUCAGUCCUUCGCGGACUGGAUCAUCAGGCGUGUGCAGACCCGCACACAUCACAUGCUUGAGCCAGCUCACUGCGCCGGGUUCUUACUAAGCCCCCGUAGGCGACAUGUUCGCUACUUUUCAGGCGAGGUAGAGGGUUACCAUGCUUGGCUUGCCUCACAAGCCAAGAGGUACAUUCUGACGCAGACGGGUUUCGAGUUAGACGGUGUGGAUUACAUCGUUGCCUAUCGGCAAGUUGAGGACUUCCGUAUGCAGCAGGGACUCGAGGUGGAGUCGGUGCGCACGGGCAUGCGCAAGGGGAUGACACAGGAGGAGAUUGCCCAACAGGUUGCACUUAUUACGCGCGAUCUCAUCGGGGCUUCCGCACCACCCUCUGCUGAUGCUGUUUUUGAUAGACGUGCUUGCAUUUUCCGUCCGUACCCCAGGGACGAUGACUCAGAUGAGGAGCGGGCACCCGAGGCAGCAGAUGACCCUGCGCUCCCCAUUCCUCCUGAGAUCGAUGAGACGCACGAGGAUACCGACGACGAGGAAACGAGGACAUACACCGCACGACAGGCGACAAAUCGGGCUAAGAGGGAGAUGAUGGGGGGGGGCGAGGAUUAUUUGGGCCGUUUUGGGGAGGUGGCUUCCACAAGUGAUGUGCGUGAUGACAAAGUCGGGGGCUCUCAUGUAGGCACCAGCCGUGCAGAGGUGGGGAUAAGGACUCCUACUCCUACGAGGUUACGAUCACCUUCCCCGGGGGUCUUGCAGGAGGAGGUUGGCCACCGUGCCACUCUGGCGGACAGGGGUGGGGCAGCUCGAGCGGAGGAGGAGGUCACGACAGCGACAAUGGUGGAGGGGGAGGUAGCAGCAAUGGAGGAGGAGGUACUAACAGUGGCGACGAGAGACGAGGAGGUGCCAGUUGGAGCAACAGUGGAGGGGGAGAUACCAGUUGCAGUGGUGGGGAAGGAGGAGGUAGCGCUAGCGGCGGUGGUGUCAAAGGUUGAUAUGGAGCAUGAUGGUGCAGACGCCACUAGGGGCGGUGACGACGCCGAGGAGCACCUCAUGCAGCAGUUUAUCACAGAGGAGCUCGAUCCCGUCGUGGGCGGUUUCAUCCCGGGUGUGGCGAGGGGGCUCGGGAUGUCUCCUUGGACAGGGUGGGGGGGUUCAGAGAUGGGGACCCAUUUCGACUUUGACAUAUCGAUGGGCGCUCCCCCUACUUGCAGCGGGGCGGCAUCGACAGAUCGGGCGCCAUCGAGGGACGAGGCAACAGGCGAGAUGGGGCAUCGAGAGACAGGGAGAGAUGGUGGGCAGGGUGGGGUGGUGGCGGGGCCGGACGUUAUGGAGGGAGUGGAAGCAGAGGCGACGGAUGAGGCUGUGGAGGGUAGGCCACAGGUGGUGGAUGAGGCUGUAGAGGGUGGACAUGGGCGAGACGGGGGGGCUGGCGACGCACGGCCCGUAGAUCACGAGAUAGUGACGGGUCCAGUUGUCCUGUUCUCGGGCCUGCACUUGGCCGAGGCCCGACGGUCGCAGCCGACUGAGCUGGCAGUGCAUGAUGUGCCUCUUGUUAUUAUCACAGAUUUGGGGUCUGAGUCGAUGGUUGUGCCUCCACGUCCACGGCGACCGGCUAAGCAGGAGGCCGAUUACGUAGAUUUGGAUUCCACCCGCCGUGUCACUGAGCUCACCGCACGCCUUCAGCCGAGUUUGGGAACUCGCGGCGCCAGGACGACCGGAGCGAGGGAGGUUGCAGCAACGGGUUGUGAGCCUCAGCGAGGUCGCGGCGACGGAGUGUCCACCUCGACCUUGGACCACGCUUUGAGAGCAGCGACACGUGCUGUGCAUGAACAGACUCCACGCCAGCGUGGAGUGCCUCAUCCACGCCUCGUGCCUACAGAGGGAGGCACUGCACUUGGAGACUCUUCGGGGGCGAAGCGGUUGGGGACGCCUCGUGGAUCCCGUCGUCAGGACACGGUCGCACAGGCUAGCACGAGGGUUGUUCUGGUGAGGAAGGGAGGCGGCCUUGUCACCAUCGAGGAGGAUGAUCCUGAGACGGCACCGACAGUGUGGGAGUAGGACGAGGGCUAUGAGGGUGAGGAGGAGAGUGAGGAGGAGGAGAGCGAGAGCGGCGAUAGUGGUGACGACGACGACGACGAUGAACCCCCACCUCCCCCACCGAUGCGGGCAUCGAGACGCUCCGCUGCGCAGACGUCU